AUGGCGGGCCACUUCCGCGCCUCGCUGGCAGACCCACCCGCCAAAUCCUUCCCGGAUCGGCCCCAGUUCUCGGCCUUUAUGAAGCCGUGCCGCUUCGAGGGCGAGGUCCGGAAUCUGGAGGUUGUCGGCACCGUUCCCACCGAGCUGGACGGCGCGUUUUUCCGUGUGAUGCCGGAUCCCCAGUUUCCGCCGUUUAUUGAGAAUGAUCCUUGGUUCAAUGGGGAUGGAAAUGUAUCAGCAUUCCGCUUUCACAAUGGCAACGUCGAUUUUCAACAGAAAUACGUGCGCACAGAAAAGUUCGUUCGAGAACGAGAGGCAAAUCGAGCUCUAGCAGGCGCAUACCGCAACAAAUACACAGACGCAGUCGAGUUCAAAGUGCGCACCACAGCCAACACCAACAUCUUUUACUUCAACAAGUCCCUUCUCGCCAUCAAAGAGGACGCGCCGCCGUACCUCAUGGACCCAAUCACGCUCGAGACAAAGGGACUCUGCGACUUUGACGGCCAACUUCCGAGCUGCACCUUCACCGCACACCCUAAACUGGACCCCGCUACGGGCGAGCUUGUGUGUUUUGGGUACGAGGCUAAGGGCGACGGGACGCCUGAUGUUUGUUACUUCAGUAUCGCCCCCGACGGCAAGUUUCUCGAGACUGUGUGGCUUGUGGCGCCUGUUGUUGGCAUGAUUCAUGAUUGUGCUGUGACGGACAACUGGUGGUUCCGCGCUCCAAACGCCUUCCCAGGCCACACCACAAACGCUUACGAGACCCCCUCGGGCAACAUCGUCUUCGACCUCCCCCUCACAGACAAGAACGUCUUCUUCUGGUGGCCCGACGCCGAGGGCAACGCCCCGGACCCGCACGAUAUCCGCGCCGAGUACGUCCGCUUCGAAUUCGACCCGCGCGCCACCUCGGACGCGGCCCUCGACCUCCCCGCGCCGACGCCCAUCCUCCGCCACGACAUGGAGUUCCCGCGCAUUGACGAGCGCGUGCUAUCCAAGCCGCACCGGCACAGCUUCUUCGACAUGAUGGACCCGUCCUUGGGCACCGAUUUUCCUGCCAUUAUGCCCGUGCUGGGCGGGGGGCAUCCGCUGUAUAAUUCGUUGGGGCAUCUUAAUCAUGAGAGUGGGAAGUUGGAGGUGUAUUAUCCUGGGUCGCGGCAUAUGGUGCAGGAGCCUGUGUUUGUGCCGAGGGGGGAGGAUGCGGAGGAGGGGGAUGGGUUUUUGAUUGGGCUUGUGAAUAAUUACGCGACCAUGUCGAGUGAGUUGCAUGUUAUUGAUACCAAAAGAUUUACGGAGCCUGCGGCGGUGGUGAAGGUGCCUAUGAGGUUGAGGGCUGGGCUGCAUGGUAACUGGGUUGAUGGGAAGGAGCUGCGGCAGUGCCAAUAA